AUGCCCAUCAAACGCUUCGCGCUUCGUGCGAGUCCUCGGGGCGCCAAGCGCAGAUGCAGGGCCGCCGGCGCGGACUUGCCUGCGUGGGAGAGGGUGCAUUUCAACGUGUUUGUGCGAGCUGGCGUCCGCCCUGCCCUCGAGACGCCGCCCACGGAGGAAUCCGCAUACGAAGCAGCCGAGGCGAUGCAAGACGCCUCCGUGCCCGCGCGCUUUCCUGGAGGCUAG